AUGGCAAUUAUUGAUGAAAAUUACAGCAUAUUCCGUGUUGCAAUACCGGAUAAUGUCGUUAUUUUUAUACGUACAAGCAGCAAUGUUAAAUGGUUUUGUGACAUAUGCAUCAAGACUACACCAAAUUUCAAGUUGUUGUCCAAAGCAAAUGAAUUGUCAAAGAAAAUUGAUAAAUUGAAUGACUUGAAUAUUGCAAUAAAGUCAGAUAUGGAAAUUAUAAAAACUGCCAUUAAUUCAAGCGAGGCCAUGUUAAAUAAACUUGGUGGUUCGGAGUCAGAUUUGAAUGACAAAAUGCAGUCAUUAAAACAUGAUAUAAAGUCAACUUUUGCUUCGGUUGUUAGUCAAGAAGUCAAAAAGAACGUUGACGUUCUUAAUGCCGAAGUUAAAAAUGUACAUAAAACUUUGAUUGAAGCGUCCGAUGUGAAAGAUAGAGAAUCAAAUAUAAUGUUAUUUCGACUGCCGGAAGGUGUCAACGAUAAAGAGCGAGUUUUCAAAAUUUUGAAUCACUUAACGGAUGACGCCAUGUCUGAUAAAAAUGUUCUAAAAAUUGUGAGAUUGGGUAAAAAAACUGAUGGCACGUCGAGACCUUUGCUUAUCAAGUUGGACAAUAUCGCUGUUAAAAAUCAAAUUAUAAAACGCACUUUUAAAUUAAGUUCUCUGGUUGAUCAAUUUGGUCGAAUUGACAUUAGUCAUGACUUGACUAAAGAACAGAGAGUUGUCACAUUUGAGGUUUUAGCGGUCAAAUUUACAACUAACAACAGGGAGUUUAUAUUGCUCGCUAUUUAUAGACCGGGUUCUGCUCAAUUAUCUACAUUAUUUUUUAACGAGCUGAUAUUGGUGCUAGAAAAUUUUGAGAUGGAGACUACAACAAGGGAAAAAAGUGGAAAAGGAAAUAAAAAGAUGUUGGUAAAAGAGGUGACUAGCGUUGUAUGUAAUGGUUCCUUUCCGUAUAAAACCGUUGGGCUUACUGAUGAAUUGAAGGGAAAAGUUAAUGAGAUUCUAAACUUAAGCUGGAGCUAUGAUGAUUGUCUGGUUCACGUUAAGAAUUUAAAGCUGAAGGAAUGUAAUGACAAUGAUAAGGUUAUUUGCAACAGCCAUGAUAGAAAGCAGAUUUUAGAGAUAUGUUCUCAAUUAUUUGAUGGUUACAUUAAAGAGAGUAGCAUAAAGUCUAUUUUUAGACUGGGUGUCAGAAGUGAUAAGAAAAUUAAAGAAUUGAGCAGUAGUUUGAGGUGCAUUGGAGUUAAUUAUGACCAAAACAAAGAGCAGCGGGAGAAAAGGAAAGAGUUAGUCAUAGAAACUAAAAAGUUGCAAGCUGAUAGUAAAGGGGAAUUCCAGUUUCGGGAUGGGUGUCCGGAUGUAAAAACUUUUCCCCAAAUUAUUCCUAUGCCAUUACAAAGAAAAACAACGGCCUCUAGUCCCCAGCAGGCCUUAAGUGGUCAAGGGGUGCCAAGAAUCACUGGGAAGUAUGCAAUAGCGGAGGGAUGUUGCAGAAAAAUUCAGAAUGGCUCCUUUAUGGUACUUAGACUUGGAUCACUGACUGGCCGCAGCAUGGAAAUCGCAGAAAUGCUUGAGCGUAGAAGGAAUGACAUCUGCUGCCUCCAGGAGACCCGAUGGAAAUCGAAUGGUGUUUGUCAUGUCAACUCAGACAAAAAAAUAUAA